AUUUAAUAAGGAGAGAAGGGAAGGAUGAUGCUGGGGGCGUCGUCGUUGCUGAACGGGCUUCGAUCUCCAUUGCCUUCAGCUCAUCGUUUGAGCAACUUUGGCCGUGGGACUAAGCCCAUGAUCCUCUCGCCACCGCUCAGCGCCUCCGCUUCAUCCUCCACCAGCGACCAGUCCAAAUCCAAGCCAUGGUUGCUCGUAGGCCUUGGGAAUUCUGGCAAGAUGUAUACCGGGACUCGCCAUAAUGUUGGUUUUGAGAUGAUAGAUGCCAUAGCUGAAGCUGAAGGGAUAUCUGUGAGCACCAUACGCUUCAAAGCAUUGUUUGGAAAAGGCUUCAUUGGUGAUGCCCCGGUCAUGCUUGCUAAACUACAAACUUUUAUGAAUGCAAGUGGUGAGUCUGUUGGAUCAAUUGUUUCAUAUUUCCAUGUUCCGCUUAAUCAAGUAGUCCUGAUGUAUGAUGAUCUUGAUUUGCCUUUUGCAAAAUUACCCUUACUGCCUAAGGGUGGACAUGGGGGCCACAAUGGGGAACUGUGCCGGAAUGGAUCUGAUGCAAUGAUUACUUGCAGUAUGCUAAUGAUAUUCCGAGUAGUGUAAAAUACCAGUACAAGCUCACAAGCCAAGGUUAUCGAGCUCUUGUUUACAGUGGGGAUCAUGAUCUUGCUGUACCACAUAUUGGAACUCAGACAUGGAUAGGAUCUCUAAACUACUCAAUCAUCGAUGACUGGAGAUCUUGGUUCUCUGGUGGGCAAGUAGUAGGAUACACAAGAGCAUAUGCCAACAAUCUUACAUUUGCUACUAUAAAGGGUGCUGGUCACACACUACAAGCCAAGGGAGAGCCUGGCUAUGAUUAAGAGAUGGCUUUCACACCAACCACUAUAGUUUUUUUUUUUUAAUAAUAGAUGGCAAGUGUCCUCUACUUAAAGGUUUGCCCAGCGAACCAUUGUUAGUUUCUCAACUCCAUAUAACUAACUAACUCAUGAGUGGCAGCCGAGCCCAAUUCGUCAUUACUCAUUUUUGUUUCUUCUGUGUUUUUUACGUUGCAACUUCUAGCCAACCAAUGGAACAGAGGAUGGGGUGAUGUAUGUCCUUCAAACAGAUCUCUCUUAUCAUGCAAGGUUCAGGCGUCUUCAUCUACUGACAUGACUACAGUACAAAUGAUGUUACCUACAUUAAAUGAGGGAGGUGCCAUUAAUCAGAUAGAUCAUUCUACACGACAAACUGAAGAUUUCCUGCAACAGCCGUUGAUUAACAUUCAAGCACAAAAAGAGCACUUAAUGUUCAUUAUAUGAAUUUCUGGGGAAGAGACCCUGUUUUCGGCGAUCGAAAUAAUCUA